AUGCUUCAGAGGCUAGAACACAACUUGCAGCGGAACAUCAAACUAGAACACGCCAAUUUGUUACCUUUUCUGGGCAUAACUCAAGGGUUUGGUCCGCUACCUGCCAUCGUCUCCCCGUGGAUGCAGAAAGGCUCGCUUACCAUGCUUCUGGAACGUGAUUUUCAGCAACUCACUCUCACUCAAAUGCUUCAAAUCGUGGGUUUUUCUUUAUGGUAUAGCUCGCAUCUUAAUCUUUGCUUGCACUCUGAAAACGUAGUACACGGGGAUCUCACUGGCAACAACGUUCUCAUCAACGAGAACGGUGAGGCCUUCGUGGCUGACCAUGGAAUCCUCACAUUUUGUGCCGAGCUCCAUGGUACAUCGUAUAUCCGAAGCAAUGUGCGAUGGGCUGCACCUGAAAACUUUCAAGUCCCGGAAGACGACGAGUCAAUAAGCUUGCCUCAAUUGGCAUCGGACAUCUAUUCUUUCGGCUGCGUCAUGUUGCAGGUCUUCACAGGAAAAGUUCCAUAUUCCGAAUUUCGAAGUGACCAUCAGGUUACUGUGCAGAUACUCAGAGGCCGAAAGCCUGCUCGACCAGUGACUCCGUCCAUGGCGGAUGGUCCGUGGGAUUUCAUACAGGAGUGCUGGCUUGAUAAGCCGGAACACAGGCCUUCAGCCAGGAAAGUCUUGGUAUUUAUACAGGGACAGCUGGGAAUGCUAGAAGAAAAAUGCUUCUGA